AAAUAAUUUAUUAAAAUUAAUCCUAAGUAUGUGGAGAGAGAGGUUAGUUAAGAAAUAAAUACUUUAAUCAUAUACCUGAGUUUGCUAAUAGAUGAAAUGUGUGGUGGAUUACAUAAUGCGGCAAAUAUUGAUAAUAUAUUAUAUUUUUGGGGAAGACGAGAUGGAGUAUUAUUAGGAUUGCCACUUGAAUUAGUAAUGGAAAUUGCAACUCGAACUAAAAUUAAUAUUGAUGAUGUCUAAUCAUAUUCAUAUGGUGAUGCUUAUACUAGAAUACUUAAUAAAUUUAAAUAAGUUUAUUGAUGGG